UAAUACUUGACUCUAAAGACGAGGUAAGGAGAACCGAUGGAACUGACGCCCCAAGAAAUCCAACUGUUUCGACACAACGGCUUCAUCAGAUUUCCGACGCAACUCUCUAAGGAUCAUGUGGAGGCACUUAAAGCGGCCGCACUGAAAGACAUGGAAGAAGGAGCGGAACCUGUUGCCCGACAAGAGGGUAGAAUUAUCAGAAUCUCUGCAGUCUGGCAGCGGGGUGGCAUCUUUCAAGAAACGAUUACUUGCGACGAAAUCCUCAAUCCGUUGGAAUCAUUACUGGGUUCAAAUAUAGAAUUUGUGCUAAAUCGACACAAUCAUGUCUAUCUCCGGAUGCUGGUUCAAGCCAUUCGCUCGCGUUGCAUCGCGAUGUAAGCCAUUGGUCCCGGACGAUUGCGACUGUCUUGAUUUAUCUGGAGGAUACAAAUUUGGAGAAUGGCUGCACACGGAUUGUCCCCGGCUCACAUCAUCUACCUGCGUUCGCGAGUGUUAAGGACGAAACAAUUCAGCAAAUCGCUGCAAACCAAGCGAUUCCGUUACCGAUGCCAGCCGGCGGUUUGCUCGCGAUAGAUAGCAUGAUAAUCCAUUCGGCUGGAAUCAAUCAAACGGAUGGCACGCGGAUGAGUAUGACCCUCGGUUACCAUAGUGUUGAUGAACUCGCGUCGGAAGAUAAUUCAAAGAAAGUGCUUGUCCGUGGCACGCGACCGUACAGCGGAAACGACAAACCAAGGGAAUAAUUACUAUUGGAAUCAAGUUUAUUGUGCGAUUAGGAUUAAUCUGCAAACAGUGACUGAAAAGCUGCUCUUUUGAAAAAGUUAUUCUUUUUUAUUUUUUCAAAAAAAUACAAUUUUUUCUUGACAAACACUAAACUCUGUGGUAUACUUAAUAAAGUCCUUUAGGUGAGAUGAUACCCAAAUCUCAUUUUGGGCGGGUAGCUCAGGUGGCUAGAGCGACAGCCUUACAAGCUGUAGGUCACAGGUUCAAGUCCUGUCCCGCCUACCUGUUAGGUGUUUCUUAUGGGCUCGUGGCGCAGUUUGGUUUAGCGCGCCUGCCUGUCACGCAGGAGGUCGCGGGUUCGAGUCCCGUCGGGCCCGUUUUUAUUAUACUGAAUUAGCCACACGUUGUGUUUUACAAUGCUGUGGUUUUUUCGUUACAAGACAAUCUACCAUAUAGCAGCAAUCUACGAAUCUCACUCCUGAAUAUAGGUAUUCAAGCAACACCCACAAUAGAGGAGCGGCACCGCCGUGAUUGAUCUUAAGUUUAUUCGAGAAAAUAUCGAAGAUAUCCGCCAGAUGUUAACAGAUCGCCAUACGGAAGCUGACUUGGACAGGUUGAUAAAAUUAGAUACACGCUGGCGCGAGAAUUUGACACAUACACAAUCCCUCAAAGCACACCAGAAUCAGGUCUCACAACAGAUCGCUGAACGCAAGAAGGCAAAACAGGAUGCGACAGAGACUAUCGCGGAGAUGCGUGAACUCUCCCAAAAAAUCAAGGAACUCACUGUCGAAAACAACGACACAAAAGCCGAGAUAGAUGCAAUCCUAUUGACGAUCCCGAAUAUGCCAGAGGCAAGCACACCUGUCGGCACCAGCGAAGACGAUAACAUUGAAAUCAAAACAUGGGGUGAAUUGCCCAGUUUCGACUUUGAACUGAAACCGCAUUGGGAAAUCGCUGAACAACUGGAUAUUGUCGAUUUUCAACGGGGUGCUAAGGUCGCGGGGAGCAACUUUGUCCUCUUCAAGGGUUUAGGGGCGCGGUUAGAACGCGCGUUGAUUCAGUUCAUGCUUGAUUUGCACACGACACAACACGGCUACACUGAAAUCUCACCGCCGUUUCUUGCUAAUCGUCCUACGAUGACCGGGACAGGACAGCUCCCUAAAUUUGAGUCAGAUAUGUACCGCUGCGACAGAGACGAAGAGAACCCGGACAGCGAUCUGUUCCUCAUUCCAACGGCUGAAGUUCCGGUGACGAACCUUUUCGCGGGCGAGAUACUUUCCGGUGAAGAUUUGCCCAUCUAUUAUACUGCUUAUACUCCGUGUUUUCGGCGUGAAGCGGGGGCUUACGGCAAGGACACACGCGGUUUACAACGCCUCCAUCAGUUCGACAAGGUGGAGAUGGUAAAGUUCACCACGCCUGAAACCUCUUAUGCCGAACACGAAACGCUAUUGGCGAACGCCGAGAGCGUUCUGCAGGCACUUGGGUUGCCGUAUCGUGUCGUGCAACAUUGCACAGUGGAACUCGGCUUUGCCGCAGCGAAAUGCUACGAUAUUGAGGUCUGGGCACCCGCACGGCAACGGUUUUUAGAGGUCUCCUCCUGUAGCAAUUUCGAGGACUUUCAGGCACGUCGUGCCAAUAUCCGCUUCCGCCGUGAAGCCGGUGCGAAACCGGAGUUCAUUCACACGCUGAAUGCGUCUGGCACAGCAUCUGCCGCGUGUCGUCAUCGCGCUGCUGGAGACGUAUCAGAA